AUGGAUACUUGCAACGCCACUACCAUUCCAGCUGAUCCCUGUUCCCGUAUUUCGGCACAAAUUUCACCAUCAACCAAAGAAGAGAUGCUGGAUAUGUCAACCGUGCCAUACCGUGAAGCUGUCGGUUGCCUGCUGUAUCUAUCCAUCACUUGCAGACCGGACAUUGCCUUCACCAUCAGUCAAGUGGCAAAGUUCUGCCAAAAUCCUAAACGUGCUCACUGGAACGCGGUAAAACGUAUCUUAUCUUAUCUAGCUGGAACAGACCAAUUCGGCAUUUACUUUGGCUCCCCAAUUGCUGAACCACUAAUUGGCUACAUGGACGCCGAUUAUGCUGGAGAAUUAGACUCACGGUGCUCUACCUCAGGCUUUGCCUUCUUCAUCAGAGGAAGCCUUGUUUCUUAG